AUGAGCGACUCGGAGGCCUCGCACGACCCGGACGGUCCACCGCCGCACGAGCGUCAGCAUUUUCAAUUCGCCUUAUCAACUUCAAGUGCAACUUAAUAUGUCUAGAUCUGGAAGAGAGCCGAUGUUUGCAGCAAUCCAUUCGGGCUUCGCUUGACCAAGAGGAUCUGGUAAUAUGCAUGCCCUAGAAUCGUGCCGGGUCUUGCAGCAGCUGCCCGAGGGCUAUCGUGCAUGAGCAAAAAGCCCCUUGUUCCCGUGUGACCAAGAAAAGCGGUUAGAUUUUUCCGUUCCUGCAAGACUGUUCUUUGCGUCGCGCUGUGCUAGCGGGCUAGCUUUUUGCAUCUCCCCAGAGCCAGACGCAUUAUUUGCACUGCAUACGCCUACGAGAAAGGCGAUCUGCGCGACUUCCUGCCAACGCCGGAGAAUGGGAAGGAGUCGCCGCUCACGACAGACGCCGGCGUUGCUUUGUUGGAGCGCACUCUUCGC